CAGUCUACACUCUACGCGUACUCUUUCCAACCUCACCUCGCAACACUAGGCCCCUGCAGCUCGGUUGACCGUCCAGCGCUUCAUCCUUCUUGGUGAGCACAAGAACACGAGACGUACCUGGCUUGCUCGUUGCGGCAACAUCUCCAUGUCUCGCAACGAUGCGCCAGGAUGGCGCGACGACCGCGGCGGCGGCGGCGGCGGCGACUCCUACCGCCCGGGGCAGAACCAGUCCUCCUACGACAACAGGUGGCGGCCCGGCGACAGCCGUCAGCACCGUAACGAGGGCUACGACUCCUACCGCGGCCGCGAGUCACAUCGCGCACCACCCCACACCGACAUGUACCGACCUCAGGUUCCGCAGAGCGACUUCACCUUCCGAGCACCCCAGCCGUCGAAUUCUGAACCUAUUCGCUUCACGGCAAUCAACGGUCCUCGUGCGAGCGGACCACGCGACAGAAGAGGCGGCGGUAGACGCGGCGACCGCCGUGGAGGAUCGUCGCGCGGGUCUGGCCGUCCGGCUUGGAGGCCGCCGCACCCUGCCGAACGCAAACUGGUCUCGGGCACGGCUAUUGAGGGUCCUGGCGAGCGCGUAAAUGACCCAGAUGCCGCGGCCAAGUUCCGAAACUUGGAUGAACUUUCAGAUGACGACGAAAUUGCCAUGGACAUUUCUGAUCAAGAGCCCGAGUCUGAAGACGAGAACCCAAAGAAACGAAUCCGGACGGACAAGACGAGCGAAUCGGACAACUCCGUCCCCAAGUGGUCCAAUCCCGAUCCCUACACUGCGCUACCCUGUCCAGACGAAUCUACGCGCAAGAAGAGGGACAUGGUGAAGCUCAUUCGCAAGGCCCGCGUGGAGGAGACUAAGCCCAACACCGAGUCGCCUCCCGAAGCCGAGAACUUCAUCCCCAUCGGCAUGAGCAGCGAUGAGGAUGAGGGCGAGGACGAGAAAAUCGCGCCAAUUGUUGAUCUCCAGCUGCCUGCGCGACCGCCCACGGGCCCCCGUGCCGACCGCUUGGACAGCGCUUCGGCAAGAGCAACCACUGGCGGGGCAGCGUUGCACAACGGCAACCCUGUUCAGCCCAACAUCGCCGGCGCUACGCAGGAUCACUCGGGCCCUCUUGGCUCACGCAAGCGCACCGCUGACGACACCAUCAAACCGCCCGAUUACGGCCAGCUGAAGAAGGGCAAUAUGCGCCCGUCCAAGGGCCUGCUGGUGCCGAACUGGCAGCCCAAAAAGAAUGAAGAACCAUGCCCGUGGGCCGUGAUGGAUCAUUCUGGUGAAAAGAACAUUGGCAUUCAGUUGCACAAGGAGAUUAUUGAUUUCUACGAAUACGUGCGUCCUCGAGACUUCGAACAGCGCAUUCGCACCAGGCUUGUUGAAAAUCUCCAGCGAGCCAUGAGACGCGACGGCCGCAACUUUGCUUCGGCUGAGGUGCGCCCAUUCGGAUCCUUCAUGUCCGGCCUGUACCUUCCGACGGCGGACAUGGACCUCGUCGUCUGUUCUGCAAGCUUUAUGAGGGGUGGUCCGCCUACGUACCUCAGCGCCAAGAGCUGGCUGUAUAAGUUCCAGAAAUUUCUCGUUGUCCAAGACGUGGCGGACGGAGACUCUAUUGAAGUCAUUGCCCACGCGCGCAUCCCGCUGGUCAAGUUUGUGGACAAGGCCACGGGCCUCAAAGUGGACGUGUCCUUUGAGAACUUGGGCGGCGUGCGAGCUGUCGACACCUUCCUCAAGUGGAAAGAAGACUACCCCGCGAUGCCGAUUCUUGUUACUGUUGUGAAGCAUUUCUUGCUCAUGCGUGGUCUCAACGAGCCCGUCAAUGGCGGCAUCGGUGGCUUCACGGUCAUAUGCCUGGUUGUGAGCAUGUUGCAGAUGAAUCCCGAGGUGCAGAGUCGCACCAUCAAACCGGAGCAUCACCUCGGCGACUUCCUGUUGGACUUUUUGGACCUCUACGGCCGCCACUUUGAGCACGAGGCGAAUGCCAUCUCUCUGACGAGCCCAAUCGGAUACAUCAACAAGAACAAGGUCAAAUCGCUAACCUACCGGAACCGUGACCGCCUCUCCAUUAUUGAUCCCAACAAUUCUUCCAACGAUAUCUCGGGUGGCUCAUCCAACACCCCGGCGAUACUGGCACGCUUCCAUGAUGCCUACUUGACCCUCACGGAUCGCAUGAAUGAGCUGCAACGCCACCCGGGGUCGACCAAGGGUGGCAUCCUUGACGUCAUUCUGAGAGGAGACUACUCCUCGUUUCGAAUGCAGCGAGCAUACCUGAAGCUCGUGCACGAAAAGACCAUUGGACCCUGUUCCGACCAGGACUGAGCGAGUCGUCACUACGGCCUACUUGACUUCAGCAUUGCAUUGGCAUGGCGUUUCGUGUUUCGAGAUACCACACGGCGUUGCGAUAGAGCUGCAUACCAGCCCCCGACGGAUUAGAUGAUGGACCAGGCGAAUGGAUUUGAACAUGUAGCAUAACGAUGGCUCACACCAUAUUGAUGGCCGCGAUGGCAAAGGGGUUUCUCUGACCUGCCUUCCGUCUAGGGCCACCUCUCAGGAAUUGGGCGAGCCGCCGCACAAGAAAAACUC